AUGGGAGGGGAGGAACAUGGUCAUGUUGGAUGUGAAGACCUCGAUAGCAGGCUGAGCACUGUAGAGGUGAAAUUUGCAGUUGUUAAACUUGCAGUGGAGGCUACCCUUGAAAUCAAGGUUCUCAAAGGAGAUUUCUAUGGAGAAAUGACAGCUUGCACCUCCAGGAUUCAGGAUCGCCUGGUGCUUCAUGAUAGCAAAGCAGGUGGUGUAAUCUGUGAUGGUACUGGAAUGCUCCAGUUGUGGCGCCGUGUUGUAACUAUUGGAAUGAAGGAUAUGCUUUUAUUAACUAUUGCUACCCAGGCUAGUGAUGUGGCAACUGCCUCUGCUACACGAACCAUUAAUUUCACUCCACAUGUGAACGGUGCAGAGGAAGAUGAAAUUACCUGUGGUGCUGUUAAGAUGCUUAUCAAGGUCAACUGGUCCUUAUUUGAAUUGUGA